UGGGAUGUUGAGUGGAAUCUGCGACUACGGAAAUGCAGUUUGAGCACUGGACGCAGUCAGCUGACAGCUGGGGAGCUAUGAAUGGGUGUUUACGGCACCGUUAGCCAAACAACACAAUAUUACACUUGUAUGUCUGAUUUCUGGAUCAAAUAAACGAAUAUGAAGAAAAAUAAGGGGAAAAUAAGCACAACGGAAAAGGAAUUUACGUUUGAGUUCAGGGCAGGAAAGCAGCACUAUGUCCUGACGGUGCCCCUGCAGUUCCCGGUGCAGGAGAACACCAGCGACCUCCUCGGGCGGCUGAAGCUACUGCACAAACUGCCCUGCUUCGUAGAAAACGAUUUGAAGACUGCCCUUUGUAGGUUUAUAGAGAGAGAAACCAUCCUGGACUAUGACAGGGAGGCAGAGACCCUCCUGCAGAAGCUGACGACGAAGGAUCUGGACAUGGACAGGCUCACAGAUUCUUGGGCCAAGGUCUACAGUGAGAGCACGCUGGAGCACGCGCGACCCGAGGAGCCAAGCCGGGAGGAGGACUUUGCGGAUGUGUACCACGAGCUGAUCCACUCCCCAGCCUCAGACACGCUACUCAACCUCGAGCACAACUACUUCCUCAGCAUCUCGGAGCUCAUCAGCGAGAGGGACAUGGAGUUGAAGAAACUACAGGAGAGGCAAGCAGUGGAGAUGGACAGCGUCAUGCAGGAACUGGGGAAGACCUUGAGCGAUCAGGACGUCAACGCGGUGGCCUCGCAGCACUUCGACGGCCAGCAGGUGUUGGAGAGUAAGUGGGCCAACGAGCUGAAGCAGGUGACCACGAUCCAGAAGCAGGAGUACCAGGAGUGGGUCCUGAAGCUGCACCAGGACCUGCAGACUCCAAACAACAGCACCAUCAACGAGGAGAUCAAGGUGAAGCCCAGCCAGUUGAGUGAGGCCUCUGCCCAGAUGUUUGAGGAACAACAGCUGGAGGAGAGCUUCACCAUCCAUUUAGGUGCGCAGCUGAAGACCAUGCACAACCUGCGGCUGCUGCGGGCUGACGUGCUGGACUUCUGUAAGCACCGUCGCCACGGCAGCGGCGGUGCCAAGCUGCGGAGGCUGCAGACCGCACUGUCGCUCUACUCCACGUCGCUGUGCGGCCUGGUGCUGCUGGUGGAUAACCGGGUCAACUCCUACAGCGGCAUCAAGCGGGAUUUCGCCACUGUGUCCAAGGAGUGCACAGACUUCCACUUCCCUUGGCUGGAGGAGCAGCUGGAGGUGGUCCAGCAGGUGGUGCUAUACGCCCGGGCACAGAGGAACAGCAAGCAGCGGGAGCAGCCUGAGGGUCCUAAAAAUGGAGGCAGUGACGAUAACACAAAAAACCUUGAAAGGAAUACCUCAAAUAUUUUACCAGGUGAAUUCUACAUCACCCGGCAGUCCAACCUGUCAGAGGUGCACAUUGUCUUCCACUUGUGCGUGGAUGACAACGUGCGCUCAGGCAACAUCACAGCCCGCGACCCGGCCAUCAUGGGCCUACGCAACAUCCUGAAGGUGUGCUGCACACAUGACAUCACCACCAUCACCGUGCCCCUGCUUCUGGUCCACGACAUGUCGGAGGAGAUGACCAUCCCCUGGUGCUUGAAGCGGGCCGAGCUGGUGUUCAAAUGCGUGAAAGGAUUCAUGAUGGAGAUGGUCUCCUGGGAUGGAGGGAUUUCCCGUACGGUGCAGUUCCUGGUGCCACAGAGUAUCUCGGAAGAGAUGUUCUACCAGCUGAGUAACAUGCUGCCCCAGAUCUUCCGGGUCUCCUCCACGCUGACGCUCACCUCCAAGCGCUGAUGCCGCCCCUGCCGCCUGUCGAGGUUCAGGACAAGGGCCUGCACCAAUAGCCUGCUUCAAAGAGGGACACGCCCAUGCAGGCCGGACCAAUCGGAACCCCGGGACAUCCUGCCCAGCAGUUUCUUGGCACUUCUGCCAAAAGCCAUGUGACCAGUUAGCUGCUCCAACUUUGUUGCUGUGUUGCAGUUGUUUUAAUUAGCUGUCCUGAGGGAAAUCAAGGGAAGUAGGAAAGUUAAACAUGACCUGCUAAAAGCAGGGGAAUUAAGCAUUCUGAGCUGCAUCCGUAUUAUUUCACACAUGAAAGUCUCUGCAAAGCAAACAUUCCUGAAAUGCACAGAGAAAACUUACUUGUCCUGUAUUUAUUUGUUUAAUAAUGUGCAUUUCACAGUCCUGUUUGGGCUCUUUGUGGAAGAGGCUGAUUUGUGCUAAUGCUAAUAUAUGCCGUGAACUGGUGCCAGGGUGCUGCAUUGCAGUGCGUUGGCUGCUAGCCACAUGGACAGCAGAGGGCGCUCUUCCCAACUGAGACGGACACACUGAGCGACCUCCCUUUGGAGGAGCGAAACUGAAGCCCAUGCCAUCUGAGAUGUGUGUGGAGAGCUGGCGAUGGGCCUGUCUGUAAAGAGGUCAGUAUCGCUGUGUUUUUAUAACUCAGAUUGCCCUGUGAUUGGGGGGUGGUCUCUCGUACCGCUUUCUGGGUGCCCGCCAUUCCUCCCCGUGACUCGUGCUCGCUGGUGAUGUUGUGUUUUCUGGUCAUAUUGUCUCUGUAGCUGCAGAACACUUAGUGACACUGAGUAAUGUACCUAGAAUUCUGUGUUUUAAUUCUCAUGCGGUGUGUAAUAUAAAAGUAAACCUUUAAGACAGGC